AUGAACAACGAGUUAAAGGACGACAUAUUAAGAGACGUGGACGAGUUUCUCGAUCAAGAUAUGCAAGACUGGUACGCAGAACGAGGGAAACACGAACUGGAUAUUUAUACGCUCCAACUGUCGAACAUUUCAGACACCACUUUAAUGAGAUUGUUUGCUGAGCUUCCGCCGAGUUGUAUUGUUCUCUUAGAGGACGUGGAUACCGCUGGGGUGGGGCGUCGGGACAGCGUCGACACAGACCAAGAAAAAGAGUCAAAAUCGGCAGUCACCCUCUCCGGACUUCUGAAUGUGCUUGAUGGUGUCUCAUCUCAAGAGGGCCGGAUCCUCAUCAUGACCACGAAUUAUAUCGAACAUCUGGACGAAGCAUUGAUUCGGCCUGGCCGUUCAGUCAAGAAAGUUCAUAUCAAACUUGCCGAUCACAACAUUUCGACUCAGUUCUUCCACACAGUUUUCAAGCAGUUGCCGAGCCAAAAGCAAUGUAACGAGGAAUAUGACGAGGAGAUGGUCGAGGGCCUUGCUCGUGAUUUUGCCAACAACAUGCCCGAGCAUGUCUUCAGUCCAGCAGAAGUUUUAUCAUUUCUCUUGGAGCGCAAGAAGUCGCCCUAUGAUGCUGUUUCUUGCGUGGAGGGCUGGGUGGCGAAAACAAAUGAUUGA